AUGGCGCCUGAGCUGGGAUUCAGCACCUACAAGAGGUACAAGUCGGGCACGAGGGAAUUCACAUCAUGGCUUGCACAAACGGCAAAAUCGUUGAGCGCGGACGUUCUUCCUACCAUUCCUCUAGCUGGCAAGAAGGGCAUAAAUGGAGGGAGGAAGCGCAAAGCUAAGAACAAGAAUGGUAAGUUUCACGCUGUGUCUUACUUGGGAGUGCGCGAGAGUAAGUCUUCCUCAUGGUAGAUACCUUGCUUAUCAACUGUCUAGAAAACGGCAAUUCUGUGAAAGCAAAUAGUCAUGGGGACUACGAAAUUCAGAUUGCCGACUUUCUUCCAUUGGCUCAACUCAUCGCUGAUUACGAAGUGCCCGUUCCCGAUCACAUGUAAGAAUCAUCCCUUGCUCGUUUUCGUAGAUUGUUGUUUGGUAACUAACUUGGACUUUGCAAUAGAUAUAACCUUCUUGGAAAUGUCAUUAUGUUGCGAAAAGAAGCCUCAGCUUGGCUUCGUAGUUCAGAAGGCCAAGAAAGCCAUCCUGCUAUUGGCGAAAAUCACGACCAUGACAAUGAUCACGACCACGGCCAUAAGCAUUUCAUCAGUGUUAUCAGCCAUGUCAAGAAUAUUCUGAGAAAAUGUGUUGGCUCUAAAAUUCACGAAAAGCAGAAAGAUAUUUUUGAUGAAGUCCAAAAAAGUACCACUAAUAUGUUCGAGAAAAUAGGUGUGGAAGAGACGAAGACUGAACCCGACCAACCGGUGAAAACACCGAUAACGACCGUUAGCACUGUGACUGCGGUGCAGACUCAAGGGGCAAAGUUUGAUAUUGCUGGACAUGACGAGGUUCUCUUCGCCUGUAUCUUCUUUUUCCAGGACUUCCAUUCCACCCGCCUACUGUUGCGGGAAGCUUGGAAGGAUUAUCGAGACGGUGAAGACAGCUUGAUGGCAGUAUCCUUGAUCACUAAUACUGCUAUUGAACUCAUUCAACGAGCUGUAACAGAACUACUCACGGAGAUCAAUGGACGACACGAGCAUGCUCCCACUGAAAGAAAAUCUGAUACAUUGGGUUUACUGCCAUGUGGCUAUGAACGUGGAUGA